AUGGGCUCUACCGACUACAAGUUCGAAGGAUGGAUGGGUCUCGAUAAGGAGGCCGCCAAGGGCAAGAUGGUCUGGCAACAAUUUGAGCCCAAGCCCUGGGAAGAGACCGAUGUUGACAUCAAGGUCACUCACUGCGGUAUUUGCGGCUCUGACAUGCACACUCUCGCCAGCGGCUGGGGUCCCACACAGUACCCUUGCUGUGUCGGCCACGAAAUUGUCGGUGUCGCCGUCCGUGUCGGCUCCAAGGCUGAGGGCAAUAUCAAGGUUGGCGACCGUGUCGGUGUCGGUGCCCAGAGCGGCUCCUGCCAAAAUGUCAACGGCGACUGUGAGCCUUGCGCCAACGGCCUGGAGCAGCACUGCGCUCGCAUGGUCGGUACCUACAACGGAACCUACGCCAACGGCGGCAAGUCCUACGGCGGGUACGCUUUGUACAACCGCUCUCCCUCCCACUUCGUGAUCAAGAUUCCCGAUGCCAUUCCCUCCGCCGAGGCAGCGCCCAUGCUUUGCGGUGGUAUCACCACCUACUCUCCUCUCCGCCAGAACGGCUGCGGUCCCGGCAAGAAGGUUGGUAUCGUCGGUGUCGGCGGUCUGGGCCACUUUGGUAUCCUCUUCGCCAAGGCUCUGGGUGCCGACCACGUUGUUGCCAUCUCCCGCAAGUCUGACAAGAAGGAGGAUGCACUCAAGCUCGGUGCUGACGCUUACAUCGCUACCGGUGAGGACGAGGACUGGGAGAAGAAGCACGCAAGCUCAUUGGACUUGAUUGUCUCCACCGCCUCCUCUUCCAAGAUGCCGCUGCUUGGCUACUGCCAGCUCCUGCGUCCUCGUGGUACUUUCAUUCAGCUGGGUGCCCCUGAGGAUGGUCCUUUCCAGCUUCCCGCCUUCGCCCUCAUCGUGAAGGGCAUCAAGCUUGGAGGUUCCUUGAUCGGUAGCCCCGAUGAGAUCCGUGAGAUGCUUGACCUGGUCGUUGCUAAGAAUGUUCACCCCUGGAUCGAGGAGCGUCCCAUGAAGGACGCUAACAAGGCCAUUCAGGAUAUGGACGCUGGCAAGGCUCGCUUCCGCUACGUUCUGGUCAACGACCACUAA